GCUUUUGAAAUCAAACCAAAAUGGUUUCUAGAAAGCAUGAAUUUAGUAGAAGUUAUAUGAUACUAAAGCCCCAUAAAGCCAAAUUUUUCGAUCUAUUUAUGUUCUUACUUCCUUUUGGUUCGAGAAAAACAAAGUUCAUCGAUUGCUCCAAAGACAAUGAAAGAUCAUACAUAAAUAUCAUAGAUCGAUGGUUCAUCGUCUUAUCCAUUAUGCUGCAGAUUAUCCUUGCCGCCGUCGCGACUCCUCUCGCCCAACUAGACUCCUUCCUCGUUAAGCUCCUAAACUUUAUCUCGUUUAAUGGCGGCAUCAUCGGGAUCUUAUGCAAAAUUCUCAAAGGAAGGAAAUUGGUGAAACCUGACGAAAAUUCACCAGACUAUAGAUCUCUAGCGGGAUUUUCUGAUUGGAGAAGAGAUUUGGACUCGUCCAUACUACCAGCCAACCAGUUUAGAUACUAUGGCGACUUAACUAUGAUGGCUGCCAAGGUCGCCUAUGAAUCCAAACCCUUUAUCCAAUCUGUAGUAAAUGAUCGUUGGAAGAUGACAUUUCUCGAUUUCUUUGAUUUCUGGAAUGACUUUCAAGGUAAAGCCACGACUCAAGCCUUCAUGUUUGAGAACACAGCCACAGACAACUCAAACGUAGUAGUUGUAGCAUUUAGGGGCACCUCCCCACUGGACUCAUACGAUUGGCAGGUCGACGCGGACUUCUCCUGGUACGACAUCACGGGCGUAGGCCGCAUCCAUAGUGGCUUCAUGAAAGCUCUCGGCCUUCAAAAGGUUAGCGGCUGGCCCAAAGAGCUUACUAGACCCCAACAUGAGUUCGCAUAUUACACCCUCCGCCAAAAACUUAGAGACAUUGCCAAAGCCAACGACAAGGCAAGAUUCAUCAUCACUGGCCAUAGUUUGGGUGGCGCGUUGGCCACCUUAUUUGUCACUUUGUUGAGCAUGCAUGAGGAGACAACAGUUUUGGAGAAGUUGCAAGCCGUUUACACCUACGGCCAGCCUAGAGUUGGCGACCGACGAUUUGCUAAGUUUAUGGUAAACAGUGUCCAACAAUAUGGGUUCAAAUAUUAUAGAUAUGUUUACUCGAGUGAUUUGGUGCCUAGAGUUCCUUUUGAUUGCAUCAUUUUCCGAUACAAACACUUUGGUCGGUGUGUCUACUUCAAUGGCUUCUACAGAGGGAGAAUUGUGAGGGAGCAGCCAAACAAGAACUAUUUCUCGGUGCUAUGGGUGAUACCCAAGUAUUUUAGUGCAUGGUGCGAGCUCAUAAUGAGUUUCAUAAUCCCAUUAGUGAAGGGUUCUGAUUACUGGGAGAGUUUGUUAAUGACAGCAGCAAGGGUGGUUGGACUAUUUAUUCCAGGAUUCACGGCUCAUUUUCCAGUGAAUUAUGUUAACUCGACCCGUUUGAGGAAAUUAAAUGUGUCUUAUAGGGUUGAGGACCUGAUUGUUGAAGAUGAUAUCGAAGAUGACUAGAACAUAUGGACGUUUAGGAAGCUGAAUUGAGUUAUGAAAUAAGAGUAAUUAAAAUCAGUGUUUGGAGUGCUUGGUUUUAUAAGUUAGUGUUUGGGGCGUUGAGUAAUGUCGAAUUCUAAAGUUUGAGUUUAGUAAGUUUGUGUGUCUGUAGUCUUGAGGUCUUUUGAGGUUUUUGGAGUUAUGAAUUUGAAUUUCUA